AAUGUAGACGGAGUGUGGCAGAAUUGAUCCAUGAGCGUAAACAGCAUUAAUUAAUUACGAAACUUAUAGGACCCACACAAUUUUGAGUGAAAUAAUUUAACUAGGGUGAGUUUUUCUUCUUUCUGGUGUACUUCCUACAGUCUUCAAACUUCUCUCUAUACAUGAGGCCCGUGGAUGAUCAGAGGUCUCGGCAUCUGGUGACGGUGUCGUUGCUGUGCAUGCUGACGUCAGCACAUUGCUUCAGUAACGGCAUGGUGUUUGCGUCGUGCAACUCCAUGUAUCCCAUACACCUGACGUUCGCUCCUCAGUGGAGCGUACCUCCCUACUCGGUGUCCGCUACGCAGAACCCGGACGGCUCCGUUGAUGUUACGGUGACAGCGGAGGUGGAGGGCGACAUGUUCCGGGGCUUCUUGCUACAGGCGCGCAACAGCAGCAACAUGAGGGCUGGGUCCUUCGUUGCCGUGCCGCCCUCUGCUCAAAUCCUGCAGUGCGGCUACAUCGGG